AUGCUUCCCGCAGGCACGCCCAAACAUGGGCAGGUCGCGACGAGCUGGACACAAGGUCCAGCUCAGGCGCAUAGCACGAGAGUACGCUACUUCUGGGGUCUUCGACCCAGGAUAUUCGACAGGGCUCUAGAGCCUCCUCAACCCUCGCUCCCGCGUCAUCCUCCUCCUCUCUCCAACCCUCCGGUUGCCCCCAGGCACCCUCACCCCCCACCACCGUACAGGCCUCCGGACCCGUGCCCGACCAGGACGUGGGCUCCGCGCCCUCCCGUAACCCCAGCACCUAGGCCUCCACGGGCCAGCCUGGCCAGCGCGCCUCCGGCACCACCGGCUGAUGCAACUAAGAGGCCACCGCAGGAACCAAGGCCACGGCAACCACGUGUGGCCCCGCCCCGGACUCGGCCCUGCAUCGUCCGAAUCGAGGCCCUGCAUCAGAAGGUCCGGAUAGCCCGACGGCCCAGGAACCCCCGGCGGGGAAGCAAGGAUAUGCCCCCACUGGGCUAG